CGACGCUGUUGCCUUAUCGCAAACCACGGAUUGCGCGUUUGCUCCCUCGCCACUUCUGACGCGCUCGGUUUGAACUUACGCGCCCGCCCGCUUCCUUCGCGUUGAGUACCUGCGUGAACGCGAGACAGGCGCAAACGACACCGAUUUCCAGUUGCGUCUUUUCUCACAAACUAGUAAUUAUGGCUGCCGCAGCCCGAUCACUUCCUAGCCUCGAGGUCACCACUGCGGCGGAUAUCAUGGAUCUCCACUCAGACGACGGGCUCGACUUCGGUGACGGGGACAUUGACAUAGAGUUACACUCUACUGGCGAGAUCAAUCGGCAAGAUGACGAUCUGUCACUCCAUGACGCUGGAACGGAUCUUGACUUGGAUGUCCAGACCGCACCUGCGGACCAAGAUGAUUUCAUGGUCGACAACGAAGACCUCAUUGAGGAGGACGAGCUCGAUUAUGACGUCAACGUCGCUGUCGAUGCAGGCCGACACUCGACAGCCGAUUCUGGAGCAGGGCAGCUGGAACCUGCGGUCGCUCCGGAGGAAGAUCUGAUUGACUAUUCCGACGACGAGGAGCAGCCAAUGUGGGAUGGCCAUAACAAUACAUCCAUUGCGGGGGCCGCGCCGGCAGACUACAGUGUUCCGGCUGAGCGUGACAGCGCUUCACCAAGCGCAGCACAGGAGAGUUCUAAGGCCUUGCGUGUUGUCAACGACAGCGCCUCUGCGGAUGAGUACAAAGAAGAAACGAGUCACAGCGGAGAUCACUUUGAGUCAGACCAGCCAUGGCAGGAUGAGCCUCAGGCCGAUCCGUACGCGCCUGACCCCAAUAUCGAACCAGAUGCUGUCCAACACGACGACAAUGAGGAACACCCGUGGGAACACGAACAUCAGCUAGACGCGGAUGAGGAGGCUGUUUCCCAGGACCGUUACGCCAACCUGGACAGCCAGGUGACGAAAGAUCCUAGUCCCGUUUCAGGUCAUAAUGACGCCUCCGUUGAUGUUCAUUCCGAGUUUGACCAUCAAGCCCAAUAUGAGCAGCGCCGCCAAGAAAUACUUGCCCAUCCUGUCACUGUCAAUUAUGAAGGCUCAGAAUUGUGGUUGUUCAAGCAGCACGAUUACGAGGAGAGCGGGGACUUCCUCCUCGAAGAUGAGUCAAUGGCUAGCACACAGAUUUGCAAUCUCUUCAAUGCCUGUAGGACGUCUCUCGGCCCGAACAUCACUGACGACAUCGAAAUCGGCCUUCGGUUUGAUCACCUCCACAAUAUGGAACUCUACCAGGACAGCACUCCGUGUGCAGUCCUCACCUUGGAGGAGCUCGUUAGCCUUUACCUGCAACUCCAUGCCCAUGACGGAACUACUGAACCUGAAUCCUUCUACGUGACGCUCCUUUUCCGGCCACGUGUCUUGUCAAUGUUCAACGAGCUGAAGAAGGCUGUUGCUGAAGGAACCGGUUACACCGCCCUGAAUAAUGCAAUUAAUUCAGGACAAACUGCAUUCAGUGCCCGACUCGCACACGAUUCUCCGGAGCAGAGAUAUGACUGGGAGGACGGAGAAGAAGAGCAGGAAUCGCAUGAGGAUGAGUAUCACGAGGAACAUAGAGAAAAGAACGAGGAAGAUCACCAAGAGUCUCACGACGAGCGCCAGGAGGUGCUUAACGAGGAGCAACACCUCGAAGAGGACGCCAAGAAUGCGCCCCAGCCACAUGAGCAGUACCCCGAUAACGAAUCCUCUGCAUCUCGCACAGAUUCUGUUGACAAUCGUGUAGCUGCAGCAGAUGAUAGGACUUCUCCUGCAGACUCGCACAAAGUAGAAGACGUCCACGAGGUGAGCGGAUUUCAACCCCAUGCCGAGACUACGCCCGCCAAGGAAUCGAAUUACGAAGAGGAGGACCUCAUUGACUAUAGCGACGACGAAGAUCAAGCCGAAGUCACCGAGGUCGACCAGGCUCCGGUUGAUCAACCAUCGUCUUCUUCGUCCACGGUCCAAGGUGACGACACGUUCUUUGAGCAAGGCAAAGUUCAAGGAUCAGCAGAUCAUAACGACUUCCCCGAGGACGGUGGAGAAGAUGCUUACCAAUACCACGGAAACGUAACGGGCGGUCUUUCCGCACAAUACCAGGAGUCCGAUCGAAAUAAUGAUGAUCAGGUCUAUGGCGAGGGAUAUAACGAGGGAUUCGAUCAAGCCUAUGAGCAUGACCGAUUCGCCAACGCGGACGACUUCGAAGGGUUUCCGGCGCACGAGGAAGACCAGGGGGACGAUGAGAAUACUAACUACUAUGACAAUUUCGGAGAGCAAGACGUAGACCAGCAAGUCAACUUCACUCUGACUGCUGAAGGGGGCGAAGGUGGCAGUCUUAAUGCCGUGGAGCCGACCAUUCUGAAUGACGGCUUCAAUGGAGACGACCUCUUGGAUUUCGACAACGCAGAUGCGACUGCCGACAUUUCCCCCCAGGAUCAAGUCGGAGGCUUUUCCGAAGACGAGAUCGAUUAUGAUGACGAGGACGGCGCGGUCGGUCAAGCUCCGGUCGACGCGUCUGCGGCUGCAGAUCCCGUUGCCGGCUCGUCUUCUGGGCUCAAGAAUCUGUCUCCCCAAGGACAGAAGAGAUCCAUCGAUGACGUCGGCAAUGAUGUGGGCUAUGCGACCAAUCCAACAGAUGCGAAACGACUCCGAGUGUAGACUACCCCCGUCCUCAACAUGGACUGUCGACCGUUACUAACCUCAAUUAUUUGCACUGUGAUUCCAGUACUCUCGGUAUCGUGGACGACAAUUUAUACCGCCAUGGCCCCGACCUUGCAACCUCU